AAACUACACAAAGUGAAACGCUGUUGGUCACGUGGACGCAACAAUUUAUUUUGCUUGACUGUUUUGGCUAGCAUUGGUCCUUUUGAGAAGGAUUAACAUAAAAACGCCAGUCUCAGUAACAUACAUGUGUUUGCAAGAGGGGGGUGGAGGGUUCAGGUUACAGAAGCAUUCAUACACAGCAGGCAACAACGCAUUUGCAAUUCAAAACUUUUUAAUGUGUCUAUUUUAAACAAAGAGAAAACUCUCCUGACUACAGCAAUACAGAACAUUCAGACCAAAUCAUCCUUUGCAGACUCUAACCGAGUACUGAGACGAUUUGAUGAUUGUUUAGAGUGUAAGGAAAGAGGUCGUCUAUGCAUGCUGCUUGUAUAUAAAGUUCCAGUAUAUUUAUCCUGCUGUUACUAUAAAUGGAGAGAACGGGAGAGGUUUGCUUGGAGCGGACUACUACAGCCAGAUGGGGCCUUACCUCCCCUUAGCUUCGGUGUCCAUGUCGCUUCAUUUCCUCCGAUUAGCAUUAGUAUUCAGUUUUGUGUGAUAAUUUUGUUAAUAUCGUUACUUUUUCUUUGGUGUCCGUGCUCGUCGAUGUGACAUGAGUGUUCAGUGAAGCUGCUUCAAGUAGCGGCGCUCCGACCCCUGCUGCGGCCAGUGGUUCAGUCCGUUUGCAGGGUGGGGGAGCCGGAUGGCAGAGGAGCACAGAUUCCGACUACAGCGGAGCAGGGUAUGGGAAACGGGCGAGAAGCAUGACUCCAAAUCGCCCCUGUGAUGGUUUCCACCUCGAGGGAAUAAAGUAACCGCCUCCGGUUCGGAGAAACACAGACAUGUGCGGGCACUAAGUGCGAGGAAGACCGCGGGUUUUGACAGGAGGAGGCCCGUAAAGAGGCUCUCUGACGCGCUGGACUGAAAGCUCAGGAAGUCCGGAUUUGGUUUCUUUUGUCCCCCUUAAGGCAGCUCUGACAUUUCUUUGUGAAUUUACAUGCGCGUGAUUACCUCAAAUCGUGAGUUUCUUGUGGAUUUGUGUGAUCUUUCUUCUUCUUCUUGUUUUUUUUUUUUAUUUUAUUUUUUUGGUGAACUGAAAAUAGCGGUGGAGUUUAGCGGCACAGCGCAGCGGAACAUUAUGGCACAAACCAGUAUUCUAGAAUUCAACUUUUGAUUCCCGAUCUCUGGUCGGCUCAUCUAUCCAGGAAUAGGAGUACUGUGUGCGACACGUCUUUCGUGAGGAUCGUGACAGUGGAAGUCGGGAGAACUUUUCGACGUUUUCUGCAUCAGCAACAAGUUGCCUCGGUUUGCUUUGUUUACAUGUGUUUAUGCAACCGUCGUUCACAGCAACCUUCUGUGCAGUUUUGGAGACUACAUUAUUUCUGGGUUUUGGCGCAGAGUUUGACUGUGAAUGAGAUCUGAGUGAACACGCACGCACACGAAGCUCUCUUGAAGCGGGAUUUGUGGAAGCAGCACCGCAGGGCUGUUUGGGUCAGCGGAUUAAUCCAAUCGGUAACCGCUCUGUCCAGUGACUAGUCUCCCAGAAAGUCCCAGUAAUCAGAGCUAUUUUUAGGGUAAGGGAUGGGGUAAAAGCAGGCAGCAGGAAACCUGACUCCCCCUUACCCUUUUCUCUUCCAAAAGAUAUUGCACUUGCUCGCUCAGCCCGUCUGGCAAAAUGCAGGGCAAGCCUGGAUAGCACUAGCCGAACCUAAAGCAAGUCAAUGUCUUAAAAGAAAAAAAAAAAAAAAACCCUGAAAGAAUAUAUUCCAAAUUUCUACCAUUGGUCUGUUUUUCUGUGGAAACCUAGUGACCAUGUAGCCUUGGUAAUUUGAGAGUUCUAGGAAAGUUUUAUUCUGUAGCCUAAGGCUUCACGGACACAUAAUGCCUCCUCUGGAUUGAAACAGAAAUAAAGUUAAAGAACUAUGCUGUGUGCUAACCUGGACUAAGCGAACAUAUCAGAAGCAACUAAAGACUAUGCCUUUAUCCCUUGUUUGGUCUAACUCUUAAUCACGCUAGAAUAGCAGAACUUUGUUUUCCUGACUACCUGAUAGACACCAGCGAUCUGGAAGCUCCAGCCUGCAGACAGAAUGCAUGAAACUGCCGACUCCACCACAAAAAGCUAAACCUAGAGACAAGCUGCCUGUACACCUGUUGGUUGCCUUAGAAAUAAGUCACAAGCAAACUGGGAGAGGAGAAAAACAAGCCAGAGAAGAAGGUGCCUUUGGACUGGUUGGACAGUUUCCCACCAUUUCAAACUUGAGAUGUUUAGUUGGAUGUGAAGUGUUGAAGUGAACUCUGGGAUUGGAAGACUGAUUCUGCCCUCCAAGUCCUGCCUGCCUGCCUGUCUGUCUGUCUGUCUGUCAGAGCAUUUCCACUGACAGUAUUUCUCAUCUGGAUUGAACAUUCGCCAAGAUUUCCCAUGGUUGUCACGUCAUCAUCAGUGGACGACAAGACUGUACCUUCAUGCAGGAUGGUCCAAUCAGAGCCUUGGAUCACCUCUACUCUGCUUCGUAAGAACAAAAGUGCAAGCAGCUCAGGAUGUCCGCCCACCUCCUCCUCCUCCUCCUCCACCUCCUCCUCCUCCUCCUCCACUGCCCAGGGCUUCUCCCUCGCUGAGCCAGCCAUGACCAGCCAGCACACACACACACACCCCUCCUUCAGCUCCAUCCACUCCAUGGCCGAGCAGCAGCAGGUGCUGUCUGAUAUGACCAUACUCCAGCGGAGGAUCCCCCCUAGUUUCAGAGAUCCUGCUAGCGCCCCAUUGAGGAAACUCUCAGUUGACCUUAUCAAAACUUACAAGCACAUCAAUGAGGUAUACUAUACAAAGAAGAAGCGGCGGGCCCAGCAAGUCCCUCCAGAGGAUAGCAGCACGAAAAAGGAGAAAAAAAUUUACAAUGAUGGCUAUGAUGACGACAACUAUGAUUACAUAGUGAAAAAUGGAGAAAAGUGGCUGGACCGCUAUGAGAUCGACUCACUUAUUGGGAAGGGCUCCUUUGGACAGGUAGUGAAGGCCUACGACCACCAUGAGCAGGAGUGGGUUGCCAUUAAAAUCAUCAAGAACAAAAAGGCUUUUCUAAACCAGGCACAGAUCGAACUACGCCUGCUGGAGCUUAUGAACAAGCAUGACACUGAAAUGAAAUAUUACAUUGUCCACCUGAAGCGUCACUUUAUGUUUAGGAACCAUCUGUGUUUGGUGUUUGAGUUGUUGAGCUACAACCUGUAUGAUCUCCUGAGGAACACCAACUUCAGAGGAGUUUCCCUCAACCUCACCAGGAAGUUUGCACAGCAGCUCUGUACAGCAUUAUUAUUCCUGGCCACUCCAGAGCUGUCAAUCAUUCACUGCGACCUGAAACCAGAGAACAUCCUCCUGUGUAACCCCAAAAGAUCUGCAAUCAAGAUAGUGGACUUUGGAUCCUCCUGCCAGCUGGGCCAGAGGAUCUAUCAGUACAUACAGAGCAGGUUCUACCGCUCUCCUGAGGUCCUCUUGGGGAUGCCAUAUGACCUGGCUAUCGACAUGUGGUCCCUCGGAUGCAUCCUUGUAGAGAUGCACACAGGAGAGCCCCUCUUCAGUGGCUCCAACGAGGUUGACCAGAUGAAUAAAAUUGUGGAGGUUUUGGGAGUUCCACCCAGCCACAUGCUGGAUGCAGCUCCUAAAGCCAGGAAGUACUUUGACAAGCUGUCAGACGGCUUAUGGACGGUGAAGAAGAACAAGGAUGUGAAGAAGGAAUACAAGCCUCCAGCUACACGCCGUCUUCAUGAGAUUUUAGGUGUAGAGACUGGAGGUCCAGGGGGGCGCAGGGCAGGAGAGCCAGGACAUGCCCCCUGUGACUACCUGAAAUUUAAAGAUCUGAUCUUGCGCAUGCUGGACUACGACCCUAAAAGCAGAAUCACGCCAUUUUAUGCCCUCCAGCACAAUUUCUUUAAGAAAACGACAGAUGAAGGAACGAACACAAGCUCAUCUACAUCCACCUCUCCUGCCAUGGACCACUCCCAUUCAACCUCCACUACUAGCUCUGUGUCUAGCUCUGGUGGCUCCAGUGGUUCUUCCAACGACAACCGUAACUACCGUUACAGCAACCGCUACUACAACUCUGCUGUCACCCACUCAGACUAUGAGAUGACCAGUCCUCAGGCUCCCUCCCAGCAACAGAUGAGGAUGUGGCCAGGCAGUGAUGGUGGAAGUGGGGGUCAGGACCCAGCAUACACCCAGUUGCUGCUCCACAAACCAGCUGCCACCCAGCAACACCAGCGCCACUUUUUGGACCCGCCUCACCAUCCACACCCGACAUACUCUCACCAUGGAAAUGGUGGGCGUGGACUACGGCAGGGCGGCCAGACGGGCCUGGGUGGAGGCGGGGGUCAGCAGGGAUCCUCUCCCCAGAUGAGUGACAGCAUGGAUGUGGGCGUGUCCCUAGGGCUGCACCACCUGGGGGCGGUGUCUUCCAUGGAGGCCUCUCAGUUUGGCUCUGCAUCUCUGCCCCUCGCUCUGCCAAUCGGACUGUCCGCUUUCCGGACUCGGACGGCCCCCACAGCCCCAGGGCCGCAAGCCCCGCCCCCAGAGGACUACUACCCUGCCUCCAACAACAAUAACCCUGCUGCGGGGGGCAGAGGGAGGCCAGACUCAGACGAAGGGCCAGCCAACUCUUGAUAAAACCUGAACCACGCCCUAAAGCCAUACAAUUUUAACUCCAACUACUACGAAUACACACACACAGCCAGAGUUCAGAGACAAACUGGUGAAUCUGGAGCUGGAGGAGACAAUUUCUUCUGCAUGGGAGGAGGAGAGAGGAGGAGAAGGAUGCGGGGAAUACUUUGCUUUGGUCCUGCUUUUGUUUGUUCUCGUUAAGACUGUAAUUUGAAAGGAAUGAUUGACAAGUGUGUUUUUACAGAUAUUCUUGAUUAAUAUUAUUUGAUUUUCUAAGG